AUGGCCGCCAUAGCACGUCGUGUCCACUCGGCAGCAUGGGCAUCACCCUUUGCUGAAAGUGCGGCAACGAGCUCUGCCGCUUGGCCAAUUGCCCGGCAAGCCAAGGCACCAGUGGUCAUACCGAACCCGGUACCGGCUCACGCCGUAUUCGACUUCCUGCUUCCGUCAUACUUCCUGCGAACGCCUACAUCGCCCUCGACAACGACUCCUGUCGCUGCUGUGGCUGCUCAUCAGCGACAACGGAUAUCCUCUGUACUGCUUCGCCAUGUUGGCAGGGCACUGUCGAUACACGCGCGCCCGCAUGUCGGGCUUCAGCCGUCUCAAUGGCGAUGCCUCAAACCUCAUCAGGGCGGACGUUUCCCCCCCAUAUGCACCGCCCUGACUACUGCUCCUGCCAAAUCAUCGUUUCGCCAAAGAAGAAGCUUUUCUUCGACGCAGACCAGUCACAGCACCCAAACUAUCCUAAACCCUCAAUUGGACGAGUCAGAUAACGAAAUGAGGCUAGAAAUCACGCCGCGGGCGGCAAAGCGCUUGUUUCAAGUCAUGACGAAGGAUGGUAACCCACGGCUGGCGCUUCGAAUUCAAGUUGAAAGCGGCGGCUGUCACGGGUUUCAGUACCUCAUGAGCCUCAUUACGCUGCCAGAUACUUUACCUGCAUCCCCGCCAACAUCAUCUGCCGAGUCGGAAUCGCCAGCAAUACGGGAGGACGACACCAUAUUCGCGUACAUUGCGGAUGACAUGGAGAUGGCGCCUAAAUCUACAGAUCCGAUGUCUGCGCCCAAAAUCGUUCUCGACACUCCCUCCCUCGAGUUGCUUAACGGAAGCAAAGUUGAUUUCACCACGGAGCUGAUCGGGUCACAGUUCAAAAUAGUCGACAAUCCUCUUGCUACAAGCAGCUGUGGCUGUGGCACUAGUUUCGACAUCAAAAUAUAA